AUGGAGACCAACAAACUCCGUGACGCACUGUCAGUUAAGCGCUUGACUCCUCAUACAUACGAAAAAUAUUUCGAGUCGGCGUAUGCAAAUGGACAAGCUGCCCAUGGCGGCUUCAUCGCGGCACUCUUUGCAGAGGCAGCGCGAGUGCAUUUAAGCGAGUGGGAUGUUUUUAACCCUUUGACCCUACAAAAUCUGCAUGUGGAGUAUGUGCGGCGCGUUGCGAUCCAUAGAACUGGAGUCUUUGAAGUAGAAGAAAUACAGAAGGGGACCCUUACCAGCCUGCUUCAUAUACGACUAGUACAGGAUGGCCAAGUACGAGCAUUGUGCUACAUACGAUAUGGUCCUUGGAUUAAAACUCCGGCGAUUGCUCUGGACCCCGAAAUUGAGCGAAGGCGAGCCGAGCCAGUUCCUCGAAUGGUCAUCGACGACGAAGAGAGUGUUCAAGAUGAGUCGUGGAUACGGUGUAGAAUCAGCCACGACCCCUACUCACGCGUCAGAACUCAUUUCGAUUACAUUCUUCCGCGAGAUUCUCGACUUGGCUCGACCAAGGUUGUGGAAUGGAUAGGUCCUCGGUUUGCUCACGACCGUUUGACAAAUGAAUGUAUUCCGAUGAUUAGUGACCUUUGGCCACAGAUUCCAGAUAACUUCAAAGCGGAACGAGUGGAGCCGUCGCCUUAUAGCGCGGUCGGGAUGGUGAACCGGAUGGUGGAGGUGGAGGACAAGAAGGUCGGCAUGAGGUUGACUAAAGAGGACGCAGAGACGUGGGUGACUGCUUGGUAUCCCACAAUGACACUAGAGCUACAGCCGCACAAGCCAUUGCCAGCCGAAGGCGUUAGAUGGUUAUUUCAAGAGGCCCGUACUCAGCAGCUUACGUCGAAGAAAAUGGAUGUUGAGCUUCGGAUUAGCGAUGUUGAGGGUGAUUUGGUGGCGAUAGGCCAGUUAUCAGUGCUGGUUGUACCCAAGGAGAGAAACGGCGGACGGGCAAAGAUUUGA